GCCAGGAGCCACCACUGGGAGAGGAAGUGCAGUCGGUUACCAAUUGGGCUAUUUUCAUAACGGUUGUCUCCAGCUUGGGGGAGGGUAGUGAGGGGGAGGGGGCAGAGACACAGCCACUGCAGCCAGCUCUCCAAACUAGGACUUGCUCUGCAGAGUCCGCAAUCCAAGCAAACUGGAGCAAGAGCGGAGGCGCCUGGGACCCCAGUCCCCACCUGCUUGUCCACCUCUUGCCUGCUGCCUUGCCUUCCAGAUCAGGUCAAAGGGGAGGGGGGGUCCCCUCUCUUCCUUACCUCCUGUUCCCUUCUUUGACUGUCUGGGUGGAUUUGGGGAGGGUAGAUCAGGGCAGACCCAGGCACCACCAUCUCUAGAUAAGGGCUUUCCUUGCCAGCCCUCCGUCAGUCUGAUGGGAGAGGAACAGGGCCUGAUGGGCCCCCCAUGCCCAGGCUGACACCCUGAAAGAAACACUUGGCUCUCUGAUGGCUCUCUUACCCUUCAGCCCUGGCCCACCCAUUCACCUGCAUGUUGUCCUCGUUGUGUUUGGAGCAGAGUCUCUUUAGUGAGGAGACUUGGUGAAGUCCACUUCCUGCCUGACCGCCCAGGCUAGCCUAGAUGAGCUGGCUGCCUUCUCAGCUCUCCUCUCUUCCCCUGACCCCUGGGGCUGUGGGAGUCAGGCAGCCAGGGCUGGCUUCUGACAAGCAGUCCCUCUGACGGGCCAGGCGGGCCCUCCUGGAACUGCGAGAGUACAGGUGCCCUACCCCAGGCCAGCCUUCAUGGAACAGAGGCCUGUAGAAUCCACCCUUCCCAUGGCGUGAAGUAGCCACUGUGGCAGGACCCCACUGGUGUCCUAUGCCGGUCCCUCUGGAGACGGAGGAGCUCCUGAGGACCAGCCUAUUGCCAGGUGCAGAGGGCACUCCUCAGGAGAGGCAGACACCCAGGUGGCAUGGCUAUGGGGGCUUUGUUCCUCAUGUGGUGAGUGGUGGCCACCCUGGGCACUCCCGCUUCCUUUUCUGGGUUCCCACCCCUGCUGUGGGCAGAGACAAACCUCAGGAGGUGGCAUGACCACAGGCCCUGCGGUCCUACCAUGUCCCAGGUCUGCCAAGUGGCAUCAAGUGCUUUCUGUGCAUCGUGGCAGUGGAAUGCCCACCUCAUGCCAGUCUUGGGUGUUGGUGAGCCGUCUUACACAUGGGAACGCUGAUGGGAUGGCUAGUUGACCUGCUGAGGGUGUGGUGGUAGACGCUAGGUCCCGAAGUGCUUGCCUCCUUGCUUCCUUAUUCACAGACAUGUCUCACGUAGCCCAGGCUGACAUUGAGCUUGCUGCACUGUCCAGGACGGCCUUGCCUCCUGCCUCUGCCACCUAAGUGCUAGGGAUGACAAGGUCACAGCACUGUGCCAGGGUUGUCAUAGCACUGUUUUCCCCCUGCUUGUAGGCAGUCAGCAUCAAGAGUGAGGCAGCCUGGCUAGGAGAACAGGGGCCCUUCCUAGCAGGUGGCUGAGGAAGCACAUGACAGGGCCUGUCUCACUCAUGCCAUCCCCCAUCUCCCAUAGACCCUGUCCUCAUCAGGCUCCUGGGGGCCAGCAGGAGAUUAAUGUGGCCCUCUGAGGCAUUUUUAUAUUGUCCCCCUUGAGUGUGGCUGGCUUCCCCAGACAAACCCAGGAAGCCUAGGAAGUAGCCAUUUUGCUGUGCUGCUGGUGUGAAAGCUUUCUGGGGCCUCCCCCAUGACCUUUGCUUGUACGGUGUGGUGUGUAGAGGUGUUGAGGGAUGGAGGGAGAAGAGGUGACCACUCAGAAGAACCAUGGGGGAGCUGCAGGCCCAAACAGCUUCUUUUGUUUGCCUGCCUUUUAGUUGAAUUAGUUAAUUAAGAUGUCUCACCGUGUGGCCUUGACUGUCUUGGUCAACCUCAGAGUCACAGACCCACACACCUCUGCUUCUGAAGUACUGGGACUAAAGGGGUGCCCACCGCACCGAGCUUUUUUUCCCCUUUUGUAUUUCUUCUUAAAACAGUUGGUAUAUACACUGUAGCCCAGGCUGGUCUAGAAUUCACUCUGUAGCCUUGGUUGGCUUCACACGUACAGCAAUCUUCCUGUCUUGGCUUUCCAAGUGCUGGGGUAGUAGGCAUGAACUGCCCAGAGAAGCCUCAGCAGAGAUAGGAAGUGAGGAGUCAGGCAGUCUCUGCCAGCAGACCAGUGUUUCUAUGGAGAUGAGCUGAACAGGAAGCAUGGGACCAGCAGGAGGGGGCAAUGGGAGCCCAGUGGUGUUGGGGUGUUAGUAUCCCUCAGGAGAACUUGCUGUAAGAUGUUAACUAGUCCUAACAGUCUUCUUAGAUAAACAGGGAAGCUGAGGCAGGCCUGUGGUGCAUGGCCAUUUGCACUGGGUUGGCCUUGCGCUGCACUGGGAGAGGAGACUGGUUACAGGUGUGCCUUGGAGCUUCCAGCAGUGUGUGGGUCCUGAAGUUGUGCAUGUAAGCUGCCAUAUGUCCUAACAAGGGCUGCUUCCUUCUUGUCUUGUCAUGCAGGUCUAGGACAGCAGGGAGGGCCCAGCCUUUACCACUGACCAGAGAGCAUAGCACCACUUCCCCCACACUAACUGUGGCCUUUUGUUUUCUGGGUGACACUAGCUAGCAUCAGGCAGCGUGAUGGUCUGGGUGACUAAUCUCCUCCAGACUAGGCAGCUGUCACAGUGGCCUGAGCAGACUGCUGGGGAGAGCUGACACCCUAGGGGGGAGCUGGCAAGCGAGUGCCCUGGCACAGCAGGCAGCUAGGCCUGCAAGUUCCUCUUUCUGGGACAGAAAAUGGACCCUAACUCAAAUGGCCUAGGCUGGCUGGCUGUGUGACCCCCGGCUUCUCUUGCCACUUUCUUAUAGUGGAGCUGUGGUCCUGCCUCCCUCAGAGGACUCUCUGGUAGGGGCGGUGAGAUGGUGGAGGGCUCAUCCAUGGUCUGGCACAGAGUAACACUGAUGGGUGUUAAUACUGUGGGCCCUUUCUCUAACUGUCUCCCCUCCAUCCAGGGUCCAACAUCUGCUCCACACUCUCUGCCUGUGGGCUUUGUGUUUGCUACUCUUGUGCCUUAGCCUCCUCAUCUGGUGUUCUCUCUCUCUCUCUCUCUCUCUCUCUCUCUCUCUCUCUCUCUCUCUCCCUCUUUCCCCCCAUCUCUGUCUCCCCUCCACCCCCAUAUCUGUUAUCUGUGUCUGUCUCCCUCUCUUUUUCUCCUCUCCCAUCCUCUGUGUGUGUGUGUGUGUGUGUGUGUGUGUGUGUGUGUGGUGUGUGGUGUGUGGUGUGUGGUGUGUGUGGUAUAUGUGUGUGUAUGUGUGUGUGUGUGUGUGUGGUAUGUGUGUGUGUGUAGGUGUAUGUGUGGUGUGUGUGUGUGUUGUGUGGUGUGUGUGUGUGGUGUGUGUGUGUGGUGUGUGUGUGUGUGUGUGCGUGUGUACAUAGUGGAUCCCAUAAAUGAAAGCUGGAUGAAGUGAGCCCUCUUUUGCCAGUGUCUGCUCUUCUGUCUCUGGAACUCACCUCCUGUCCAGUCUCCAUGUUGCUUUCCUAGCACAGCUACCCCCUGCACGGAUUGCAGGAACUCUGUUCCCUGGACUCCCUUCUUUCUCUACUUCGCCCUAUACUGGCUCUAACGCCACCUGCCAAGAGUAGAUGGAAGGCUUAGAGCAGGCGCUGCACAUAUCAGGUGGACCUGUGCUGCGAGGCCGUCCUCUCAGACCGCCCUUCCUCUUGCUGAGUGCUCUGGGCUUCAGCCAGGCCUCAGUGGGCAGAAUUGUGUGUCAUCCGGCAGUUCUCGUCCAUGGCUGUGACUUGGGCCUCCUUGGCUGCUCUUUGGAGCUAUCACCCUCAGCCGGCUGGGGGCUUCCUGCCAUUCCUCAAGAGGUGUGAGCACAGAAGCUUGAUCCAGUGGCCUGGGAAGGAGGAAGGCUAGACCAGGGAGUCGGUAAAAGGAAUAGGCGUCUAGAUGGCGUGCAUGGCCCAGUACACACCAAGGAUAGCGAUGCUGGUCCCUGCUUUCUGCAGGAGGCAGUAUGGGCCAUCUCAAGCAUAGACUUGUGAGCCUGGGGAUAGUGUGGUGCACUGGGUCCUCCACAGGAAAGCUAAGGGAUUUGGGGGCCUCACACCUUGGAUAGCCACACUCCAUCCAAUCUUUGGAAUGGUGAGGCAGUACCAGAAAGUUCUUAGGGAUGUGUGUACAAGGCAUCUAGCUUCAGCGUUCUCUUAGCCCAAACCCCUUACUGCAUCCCCCACCUAAGACAAUAACGCUCUUGGGGGCAGGGCAUGCAUUCCCAACUCUCUGAAAGUCAGCUCUCCCAGGGACUGAGCACAAGGUUGGGGCUGAGUACAGGGAUUGUAUCAGGACUCAGAGCCUUCCGAGAGAGCCCACGUUUAUUGUCUUUGCUUAGUUGCACUGUAUCCCAGGAGAGGAACCCAACCUGUUCAUGUAGGGGCAAAAGGAAGGCCAGGUGAGAGGGAAAUGCCUAGAGCCCUGUAGUCUACCCGGGCAGAGCCUGGCUCCCACAUUACCUUUUGUUUCUAUUCCUGGCACAGCAGAUGAAGCCCCUUAGGCUCAGGUCUCAGUUGUUUCUAGUCUGGGUAGGGAAAGCCUCAUUUCCUGAAAACUGGGGUAGCAUCUAGGGAAUGCUAGCUGAGAACAGUGUUUGCUCUCUAUCCAGUAACUGUGAGCCUGGGCUCCCCUGCUCUCCCUGGUACCUUCAAGUUCUUUUCACGGAGGCCAGAGUGUCCUCAUCCUUAACAUCUCUGUGCCCCUUCUUUGCCUAUGGGCCUCAGCUUGGCCCAGCUCCUGACACUUGCAGUCUGUAUGCUCAACAGCCCCUGGCAUGGAGACCUUCUUUAGGAAGCAUUUCCAGCGAAAGGCACCAGGCCCUGGAGAGAGGCAGCGGAGGUCCAGUGGCAUGGGGCUGCCCACAGGCAAAGCUCGGCGCCGCUCCCCUGCAGGGCAGGCCUCGUCUUCACUGGCCCAGAGGCGCCGCUCCAGUGCACAGCUCCAGGGCUGUUUUCCCAGCUGCGGGGUGGGCACAAGAGGUGCCAGCCGCAGGCGCUCCAGCACUGCACCCCCUACCUGCAAUCCCCGCUUCAUGGUGGAUGUGGUGCCAACCCUACAGCCUGCCACUGUUGGGGCCCAGCUUCUGGGUGCACCCCUGCUGUUGGCUGGGCUCAUGAGCAUGAAGGAGGAGGAGGAAGGGGCCCAGGAGGGAGACGAGACAGCUGAGGUAUCAAGUGAUGCCAAGCCAGGUACCAGGACCACGCCCUUCUCACACCAGGGCUCCUGGCCAUUGCUUCCCAUGCCUCGCUGCCUGCGCCGAGCCUCCUCAUACCUGCUCCCUGCUGAUGUGGAGUGUGGCCAUACUCUUUGGGGCCUGCAUGGCCACUAUCGUCGCCUCAGCCAGCGGUGGCCCUCAGGCCAGCACCCUGGUCUUGGAGGCCGAAGCCCAAGAGUCUCGGGCGCUGCAGCAGGUCCCAUGAUCCCAGCCCGGGUGCGCCCGCUGUCUCGCAGACGCCAGGUAGCUCUAAGGCGGAAGUCAGCUGGACCCCAGCCCUGGAACACCCUGCUUAUGAAAGCCAUCACCAAGUCGGGCCUCCAGCACCUGGCACCCCCUCCUCCCACGCCUGGGGCCCCGUGCGGUGAAUCUGAGCGGCAGAUCCGGAGUACUGUGGACUGGAGUGAGUCAGCAGCGUAUGGGGAGCACAUCUGGUUUGAGACCAACGUGUCCGGAGAUUUCUGCUAUGUCGGGGAGCAGUACUGUGUAGCUAAGAUGCUGCCGAAGUCAGCGCCCAGAAGAAAGUGUGCAGCCUGUAAGAUCGUGGUGCAUACCCCUUGCAUCGGGCAGCUGGAAAAGAUCAAUUUCCGCUGUAAGCCAUCCUUCCGUGAAUCAGGCUCCAGGAAUGUCCGUGAGCCAACCUUCGUAAGACACCACUGGGUCCACAGGCGACGCCAGGAUGGCAAGUGUCGGCACUGUGGGAAGGGCUUCCAGCAGAAGUUCACCUUCCACAGCAAAGAGAUCGUAGCUAUCAGCUGUUCCUGGUGCAAACAGGCGUACCACAGCAAGGUGUCCUGCUUCAUGCUGCAGCAGAUUGAGGAGCCCUGUUCCCUAGGGGUGCAUGCAGCCGUGGUCAUCCCACCCACCUGGAUCCUACGGGCCCGGAGGCCCCAGAACACCCUCAAGGCCAGCAAGAAGAAAAAGAGAGCAUCCUUCAAAAGGAGAUCCAGUAAGAAAGGACCUGAGGAAGGCCGCUGGAGACCCUUCAUCAUCAGGCCCACCCCGUCCCCCCUCAUGAAGCCCCUGCUAGUGUUUGUAAACCCCAAGAGUGGGGGUAACCAGGGCGCUAAGAUCAUCCAGUCUUUUCUGUGGUAUCUGAACCCCCGGCAAGUCUUCGAUCUGAGCCAGGGAGGACCCAGGGAAGCGCUGGAAAUGUACCGCAAAGUCCAUAAUUUGAGGAUUCUGGCUUGCGGGGGUGAUGGCACGGUUGGCUGGAUUCUUUCCACCCUAGACCAGCUGCGCUUAAAACCACCACCUCCUGUGGCCAUCCUGCCCCUGGGCACUGGCAAUGACCUGGCCCGAACUCUCAACUGGGGUGGGGGUUACACAGAUGAGCCAGUGUCAAAGAUCCUUUCCCAUGUAGAGGAGGGGAACGUGGUACAGCUGGACCGUUGGGACCUCCGAGCAGAGCCCAACCCUGAGGCAGGGCCUGAGGAGCGAGAUGACGGAGCCACUGACCGGCUGCCCCUGGAUGUCUUCAACAACUACUUCAGUCUGGGCUUUGAUGCCCACGUCACCCUGGAGUUUCAUGAGUCUCGAGAAGCCAACCCAGAGAAGUUCAACAGCCGCUUUCGGAAUAAGAUGUUCUAUGCUGGGACGGCCUUCUCUGACUUCCUGAUGGGCAGCUCCAAGGACUUAGCCAAGCACAUCCGAGUAGUGUGUGACGGAAUGGACCUAACCCCCAAGAUUCAGGACCUGAAACCGCAGUGCAUAGUCUUUCUGAAUAUCCCCAGGUACUGUGCAGGCACCAUGCCCUGGGGCCACCCUGGGGAGCACCAUGACUUCGAGCCCCAGAGGCACGAUGAUGGCUACCUCGAGGUCAUCGGCUUCACCAUGACAUCCUUGGCCGCAUUGCAGGUGGGUGGACACGGCGAGCGGCUGACCCAGUGCCGAGAAGUGCUGCUCACCACUGCCAAGGCCAUCCCUGUGCAGGUGGAUGGUGAACCCUGCAAGCUUGCAGCAUCGCGGAUUCGAAUUGCCCUGCGCAACCAGGCCACUAUGGUGCAGAAGGCCAAGCGCCGGAGUACUGCCCCACUGCACAGCGAUCAGCAGCCAGUUCCUGAGCAGCUGAGGAUCCAAGUGAGCAGGGUCAGCAUGCACGACUACGAGGCUCUCCAUUAUGACAAGGAGCAGCUCAAGGAGGCCUCUGUGCCUCUGGGUACUGUGGUGGUCCCCGGAGACAGUGACCUAGAGCUCUGCCGAGCCCACAUUGAGAGACUCCAGCAGGAGCCCGAUGGGGCUGGAGCCAAGUCCCCCAUGUGCCACCCACUGUCCUCCAAGUGGUGUUUCCUGGACGCCACCACUGCCAGCCGCUUCUACAGGAUCGACAGGGCCCAGGAGCACCUCAACUAUGUGACGGAGAUUGCCCAGGAUGAGAUUUAUAUCCUAGACCCAGAGCUGCUGGGUGCAUCAGCCCGACCUGACCUCCCUACCCCUACCUCCCCGCUCCCUGCCUCCCCCUGCUCCCCUACACCCGGGUCACUGCAGGGGGAUGCCGCACUGCCCCAAGGUGAAGAGCUGAUUGAAGCUGCCAAGAGGAAUGACUUCUGCAAGCUCCAGGAACUACACCGAGCAGGAGGUGACCUCAUGCACCGCGACCAUCAGAGCCGCACACUCCUGCACCACGCAGUCAGCACUGGCAGUAAGGAAGUGGUCCGCUAUCUGCUCGAUCAUGCACCACCAGAGAUCCUCGAUGCUGUGGAGGAGAACGGGGAGACCUGUCUACACCAGGCAGCCGCCCUAGGUCAGCGCACCAUCUGCCACUACAUUGUGGAAGCCGGGGCCUCCCUCAUGAAGACAGAUCAGCAGGGCGACACUCCCAGGCAGCGAGCUGAGAAGGCUCAAGACACAGAGCUAGCUGCAUACCUGGAGAACAGACAACAUUACCAGAUGAUCCAACGUGAGGACCAGGAGACAGCUGUGUAGUUAAGGGGACCAUGGAUCAACGAGGGACACUACCAGAGGACUAGAGCUCUCCUUGCCCAUCUCACUGCCACAUUCCUGUCAGAUGGCUAUGGGGGGACCCUGUCACAGGGAAGGAGCCCCGUGCCACCCCCUGAGAAGCCGUUCAGAUCUAGGGCUGGACUCUAAGGAGCUGGACUCUCACCUGUCCCUGGUUUCAUGGGGAACAGGAAACAAGCUGGGCUGACUGGGUCCCUCCCUUCAGGGCGGCCUCCCCCUCACCACAGCUGAUGGAAUGGCUGGACAGCUCAGUCAGGGAGGCCUGCUCUCAGCAGGACUUUCUAAAGCCACCUGAUCCCUUGGGCUCUUUGGAAGGUUCUGGGUGCCUAGCCCUCCUCUCUGACCCACACACCUUGGGCAUCCCAGAAACUCAAGAGCCUGCUGUAUUUGCCUGCCCGCUGCCCUGCUUGGCACCUACCCUGGUGAUCCUCCUCAUGCACCCAGUCAUUUCAUUUCCGACUGUAUGGCCUGGGGUGGGGGGUGGGGCUCCCACGGUGACUUGUUUACAGCUGGGUGUGACUCAGUAAAGUGAAGUUUUUUUCCUUU